AUGUGUCAAAUGGUCCGUGCAUAUAUCCAAGGGGCUACCUUACCUUUAGCGGGCGCCAAUUUUCCGCGCCGAACCCUCAAUCGUGGCCCGUUCGUGGUGACCCUUUUGGCGACAGCUUGUCCUGAAUACUCAGCUUCCGAGUCGAUCGAGGUACCCUCACGCGCACACCAGGCUCCCACCCCAAACACCAUGAGGUUAUCCGCCGUCGCCUGCGGGCUCUUUGCUUGCUUUGUAUCCCAGGUUGCUGCUACGGCAUUGACCUACAAGAUCCACGCCAACGAGAAGGCCUGUUUCUAUGCCAAGACCCAGAAGGAGAAUGAGAAGGUGGCCUUCUACUUUGCUGUUCAAUCUGGUGGCUCCUUCGAUAUCGACUACGCCGUGGUAGGACCGGGCAACAAGGUCAUCUUGGAGGGAGAAAAGGAGCGCCAGGGCGACUUCGUCUUCACGGCCCAGCAGGUUGGCGACUACGAAUUCUGUUUCAACAAUGAGAUGAGUACAUUUGCCGAGAAAUUUGUUGACUUUGAGAUUGCCGUAUGUCGCCAGUUCGAUUCCACAACACCCAACAGCAGAGCAUGCUGA